AUGUCGUGGAAGCUUACCAAGAAACUCAAGGAGACUCACCUUGGCGCCCCCUUCUCCAGCACAUUCUCCCGCUCGAGUUCGCAGUCCACCAUCACAGACGCACAGAAGUCCCCCUCAGCGACAGCAACCCCCGGCGCCCAGACACCGCAGACAACGCCCUCCACCACACCCAGCACCACCAAUGGCUCCAACGAUCCGCAAGGCAUCGCUGCCUCCGAGUCCAUGGUCAACCCGCCAGCCGCACCCGCAAAGCCCGGUAUCCUCAUCCUCACCCUCCACGAAGGCCGCGGCUUCAGUCUCCCACCAGGCGCAGAUCAAGUAUUCGGCAGAGGACCAGGACAUGGCAACAGCGUCAGCACAGGCUCCUUCACGAGCAGCUUCAUGGGCGGAAACAGUGCGAGACCUGGCUCAAGCGCGGCGCAGGGCAGUUUCAGGCCAAUGUCUGCCAGUGGAGGCGGCAUCAACAACAUGCCGUCUACCCACGGCAGAUAUAGCAGCAGAUACCUCCCAUACGCCCUUGUGGACUUCGACAAGCAGCAAGUUUUCGUCAAUGCCGUGUCCGGCACCCCUGAGAACCCUGUCUGGGCUGGUGAGAGCACACAGUACAAGUUCGAUGUCAGCAGAUCGACCGAGCUCAAUCUCUCCCUCUACAUUCGCAAUCCUACCGCGCCGCCCAACUCUGGACGAACACAGGACAUUUUCAUUGGCACGUGCCGCGUAACACCGACCUUCUCCGAGGACGCACAAUCGGGCGCAACACAACCGCCCUCGAGCUCAGACGGUAAGAGUGCGAAGAAGGACAAGCCCAUGCCACCACCGCCAUCAUCGCGGAACGGUGAGAUUGCGGGCGUACAGUGGCAGGAGAUACAGUAUGGCAGUGGAUCAAUCAGGAUAGGGCUGAAGUUUGUGGAGACCAGACAACGAUCGCUCAAGGUGGAGGACUUUGAGCUCUUGAAGGUGGUUGGUAAGGGCAGUUUCGGCAAGGUCAUGCAGGUACGGAAGAAGGACACCAACCGAAUCUACGCCCUCAAGACGAUCCGGAAACAACACAUCAUCUCACGAUCCGAAGUCGCCCACACACUCGCCGAGCGAUCCGUUCUUGCACAGAUCAACAACCCCUUCAUCGUGCCCCUCAAGUUCUCCUUCCAGUCGCCGGACAAGCUAUACUUCGUAUUGGCCUUCGUGAAUGGAGGAGAACUGUUCCACCACCUCCAGAAAGAGCAGAGAUUCGACAUUAACAGGUCAAGAUUCUACGCUGCGGAACUUUUGUGUGCGCUGGAAUGUCUACACGGCUUUGGUGUCAUCUACCGUGAUCUGAAACCAGAGAACAUCCUAGUCGACUAUGUUGGACACAUUGCGCUCUGCGAUUUCGGACUGUGCAAGCUGGAUAUGAAGGACGAAGACAAGACUAACACUUUCUGUGGAACUCCUGAGUAUCUGGCUCCCGAACUUCUACAUGGACAAGGAUACACCAAGGCAGUAGAUUGGUGGACAUUGGGUGUGCUGCUGUACGAGAUGUUGACGGGUUUACCGCCAUUCUACGACGAGAACACGAACGAGAUGUACCGCAAGAUUCUGUCAGAGCCUUUGCAUUUCCCAGGACCCGAGAUAGUACCACCGGCCGCACGAGACUUGUUGAGCAAGCUUCUUGACAGAGAUGCUACGAGGAGAUUGGGCACUAAUGGUGCUGCAGAGAUCAAGGCACACCCCUUCUUCCACAGCAUCGACUGGCGCAAGCUCCUCGACCGAAAAUACGAACCAAGCUUCAAGCCCAGCGUCGUCGACGAACUCGACACGGCCAACUUCGACAAGGAGUUCACAUCAGAAGCACCCACAGACAGCUAUGUCGAAGGACCCAUGCUCUCACAAACCAUGCAACAACAAUUCGCCGGCUGGUCCUACAACCGACCGGUGGAAGGACUCGGCGAUGCGGGAGGCUCCAUUGUAUCAGGCAAUGCUUUUGACCAGCGAUAG